CCGUGAGUUCCCGUUUAGAGAGUCGUGCCGCAGUUUCGUCCUUGCUCGCGUUGUUGUUGUCUGCGGUGACGCGGCGGAGGUGUACCCUGACGCGGGCUCUUACGUGUCGGACUGAAUAAAAAGUGGAGCUCCGGAGGCCCGGGAGUGACGCGAGAACAGAGAGCGAGUAAGCGAGUCCGUGACCGGGCAGGUCGUGCUAACCGAGUCCACCUCGUUUUCCCACUGCGGCUUUUCUAAAUGACCAUGGACGCAGGAGCAGACGUGCAGCAGGGCAGCGAGACAGCUGUCUCCGAGACAGACACGCAGCAGAUUGCCACCCUGGCGCAGGUGAGCCGGAUGCUUCGUCUACACCACGCUGCUGGAGAAGAAGAAUUAGAAAGCGUGUGUGUUUCCAUGGCAGCGGGCCAAGCCUCAGCCACCGGGCCCACCGUCACGCUGGUGCAGCUGCCUAACGGUCAAACGGUGCAGGUUCACGGGGUGAUCCAGGCCGCUCAGCCGUCCGUCAUCCAGUCUCCCCAGGUCCAAACCGUGCAGAUCUCCACCAUUGCUGAGAGCGAGGACUCGCAGGAGUCAGUUGACAGUGUGACAGACACCCAGAAAAGAAGGGAGAUCCUUUCCAGACGGCCGUCAUACAGAAAAAUCUUAAACGAUCUGUCCUCGGACACUCCGGCCGUGCCUCGGAUAGAGGAGGAAAAAAACGAAGAGGAAUCGGCACAAGCCAUAACUACGGUCACCGUGCCCACCCCCAUUUACCAGACCAGCAGUGGACAGUACAUCGCCAUCACACAAGGCGGAGCCAUCCAGCUAGCCAAUAACGGCACAGACGGCGUUCAAGGCCUGCAGACUCUGACGAUGACUAACACAGGAGGGGCCCAGUCAGGCGCCACCAUCCUGCAGUACGCUCAGACCAGUGACGGCCAGCAGAUCCUGGUGCCCAGUAACCAAGUGGUGGUGCAGGCUGCGUCCGGCGACGUGCAGGCGUAUCAGAUCCGCACAACGACACCAGGCACCAUCACUCCCGGAGUGGUGAUGGCAUCGGGUCAGGGAGGUGCAGAGGAAGCCACACGCAAGAGAGAGGUCCGCCUCAUGAAGAACAGGGAGGCAGCGCGAGAGUGCCGUCGCAAGAAGAAGGAAUACGUGAAGUGUCUGGAGAAUCGCGUGGCGGUGCUGGAAAACCAGAACAAAACCCUCAUCGAGGAGCUGAAAGCACUUAAGGACUUGUACUGUCACAAAUCAGAAUAACACACACACACACACACACACAUACACACAGAGCAGACAUAUUGCGCUUUUCCCCAGGUGCCAUUGAGACAGUGACUCUUCCCCUUACACCGGCACCUGGGCAGCAAUCUUUUCUUUUCGUAUCUGUCUUUUUUGUUCCUUUUUAAAAAAAAAAAAAAAAAAGAUAUCGGCCUAUAAGAAACGAGCAACUCUUCAAAUCGAAUGCCUUUAUUGUGUUCUGUAUAAAAAGAAAAAAGUCAAGAGCACCUCGUGACACUUAAAACUCCAGAGCGAACCAACAGACGUGUUACAAGGCAACGCCGACGCAAAUACACUCGACUGCUUCGCCGUGGUCACGAUUUCAAUCAGCCGGUUCCCACGACGCACCGUGUCGGAUGGCCACGCCUCUCUUCAAUCACACUGACUUUUCGGGAGGCGCCGCUCGUCUGAUAUCACCACGUGGGACUUCAGCGAAUUAACAAGUCAACUGUUGGAAUUUCUCUCUGCUUCUGUUACUAACACAUGAACCCUAUUUUGAUAUGGAAAUUCUAUGGAAUAUGUAUGUAAACGCAUCAAUUAUGGGUUGUUUUACCAUUUAACCUGCAGCUUGGCUUCUUUCUUUCGCCUGCGUCGUCGUCGCAUCCUUUGCAUUACAAGAAACGGGACUUUCGAUCUUUCUAAAUCCAAAUGAAAACAGAGUUCUACGCUUUUCAAUACAAGAGCUACGCUUGUAAAGCUAUUUUUAUCGUCCAUUGUAACACAUUUAAUCAUUCAUGCCAGUUUUUAUUCUCGAGUUCAUCGUGUUAGGGGUUUAUUCUUAUCCAUUUCAUCUAACGGGACCCAACCCUACAGCACUCUGUUUCAUUUUUAUACUCGGGCCGAUUUUGCUUUAUACCCACGACUGGGGUUUAAAAACAAAUCCUAGAUUAAAAACAAAACAAAACAGGCAGCUUGUACCUGUAUCUAGCUCUCAGUGCUGAUAUGAAAACCCAUAUUAUCUUAUGUUUCUGUUUCCUGCCAUCGAAUGUAGCCAUCUGAAACAAUAUUAUAUGCAUCCUAUUUUUAAAUCUGCUUCUUCUUUUUUUUUUUCUUCUUCUUUUUUUUUUUUUUGUCAUUUUCUGUAUGCGUUGUAAUUUUAAUUACGUGUUACAUACACACAUGGAAUACAGUGAGUAACUGCCUCCUGGAGCCGGUUUUCUUCCAGCGAUUACUCGUUGGUUCUUGCUAAUUUUCUGUUAUUUGGCAUGUAGAUCAUGCAUGCAUUGAAACUCCAUUUAGAUCCUGUUCUUUUCUGGACUCUGUGUGUGUGUGUGUGUGUGUGUGUGUGUGUGUGUGUGUGUUUAACAUGCAAACCAAGACACAUGAAUAAUAUACUUCUGGAGGUCCUGUUAUAGGAAAAUAUUCAACUUCAGGGUGAAAGUAGUAACUCAGGUCACACCGCACUCUUCCUAAUUCUUCCUUAUUUUAAUUAACUGACAUAAUUAUAUUAAUGUAAAUUCACCGAAUCAUAAUAGACGUGUGUCACAGUGUAUUUGGGCAUCAGUCUGAUUUUUUCUUUAAAAAAUUUUAAUGUUCCAGAAAAAAAAAUUCUACUGGAAUGUAGUAGGACUGAUCCAAGAUUAGGAAACACUGCCCUAAAUAAAUUGGGUGAUUUAUCUGACUCGAUGUUAUGACGUUGCUGUCGUCCCCCUUUGGCUGAAAGCUUUCUAAAAGCAUCUGUUCAGAGGACAAGACGGACUCCUCGGACCCGACGCUCGCCAUCUGAGCUCCUAUUCCUGGGCAGGAAAGGAUCAGUAUGAUGUUUUUGACUUGAUUCAUUUUCCAAACACGGAAAAUUAAAGCGUGAAAAACGGCAUUGAGGGGAA